AUGGCGCCUCAAAAAUUCGUCAGCGCCAGCGUGCGCUACAAAACAAGACCAGCCGCACGCGUUCCCUUUCGUGACGAUACGUCGCUGCUAGCCUUUCGUUAUGAGCAAACCGUGCAGGCCCAGCCUCCGAUUCUAAUGAUUCCAAUACCUCCUCGAAACCCUGCACGGGCGAGCAGACCGGUUUCCCUUGCCUCGCUCAGUGCCGCCGCCGCCGCCGCCGCAGCAGCAGCAACAACAACAGCAACCGCCGCCUCCGCAGUUGUUGUGUCGCCGCCACUUAUUGCGCCGCCCCAAGAGCAGCACCCGGCUCUUCGCACUCGCGAGAACCCCUCUCCGACUACCGACGACUGGAAGCGCGAUUCGGGUCUGGCACCGACGACAACCACUUCUUCGUCCACCAUUUACGAGGAGGACACCGAUUACCCGACGACGCUGUACAGCAAGCUGGAUGUUUGUGAUGCCGACGUUCAAGCUGUGACUGAGCCUUUGCCUGUGCCUGAACAAGUGACUGAGCCUCGUCCGGCGACUGUGGCACCGCUGUUUUUUGCUGACGGGAAGAGCUUCGCCACCCCUCAAAGCCAAGACGUGGUGACCGGUGAUGCAAACUCGAGGCGCGCCCAAUCAGCAGAGCUCCCUCCCCAUGCGUUCUUUGAAAGCCCCAGAGCCGCGCCCAUCCCUUCGUCCCCAAUCGCUCGCUCUUCCUCGUCCACCGACCCACCUACACCUGCCAACAUGUCAACCGAGCAACUUCGUUCGUCCAGGAAACUAGUGCGAACAUCCAGCAACCGGACUGGAAUGCGUUCCAACAAAUUGAAGAAGAAGGCAAACGUCGCGGGAGCGGGGUCCACAAGGUCCUUCAAGAGUCUCGAACUGCCGCGUUCCCCACCCAAGGUGCCGGGGUUGGAUGUCGGCUCGACAGAGGAUCCCUGCCCAAUAGAGCCAGCGAAAUCUGACAGCUCAGAAUUGACUUUGAUCACCACCACCAUUCCUACCGACAGGUUGAUUGAGGAUGAAUUCCUCAGCCAGUUGACCUUCUCCAAGAGGGGCAGUGUCAUGUUUGGUGGAAAGCGCGCCUUGAGAAAGUCCAAAAUACUCGACGCUGGCCAGCCACAAAUGGACCAAGAAGGCCACCAUGUUGCUUCCUCGGGCGCGGCCGCCACGGCCAACGCGCCCACGACAGCGGCUGCGACGACCCAUGUCGCCACCGCCGAAACGACGGAUAAGAGCACACCAUCCCGUCCCCAUACGUCCAAGACCAUGCAGAUGCCCAGCAUCCGUGUCUUGCCUGUAGACGUCGAGAGGGAAUCACAAAAGGUGAGGUCUCUCUAUGAUUCUGUCGCCAAAGGGGACGACCGUGACGAUGGGGGGCCGGGCUUGUCGAAUCGCGAUCGCCUUGAGCCUGCAGUGGAGGUCCCAUCGGACGAGGAAGAGAAUGUCGCAGACAGAUCUCGUCCAUCCUCAAGCGACAAUCGAUCCCAUCUGGCAACUACACCAACGCCAGCCGGUUUGGCUUCGUCGUCGCCGCCACAAGGUAGCUCGACUAACAAGGAGUACGAGCUAGCUGGCGGUUUAGAAGACUGGGAGGAUGUGGAUGGUGCCGAUGUCGAUCGUUACGGCUUCAUAUUGCCAAAUCCUCGGACCCUGGAGUCGAGGGCGAAUAGCAUGGACACGAGACAGAGCAGCAUGGAUGCCAGACCUCUACGGUCGUUAUACUCAGCGCCCAAGAAGAGAAAGGUCCUGACCAAAUCACCAGAUGGGAACCCCAAGGCUCUGUCAUCACUUACGGCAGACCGCGCACCCAUCAGGAAGGUGUCGGCGCGGUCGCUUAAUACGCAGACAUCUGGGGUUUCUGGGCACUCGCGGCAGUCAUCCCGCUCGUCGGUGAGGGCAGCUGCCAACUUGCUGCCCCACAAUCGGGACAGGAAACUGACUGACGAGGCGGGCGACAUGCUGGCCUUGGCGCCUGGUCUUUCGGACAUCGCCGAAGACCCCAAGGUCGAGAAGCUCACCGAUGCUCAAAAGAAGAAGGAGUGGCAGAGGGCUGAAAAGUGGAGGAAGAUGGCCAAGAUCAAUCGCAAAGGCCAGCCCGGAGAAGGUAUGGAGUUUGAAUUUGACCCCACAAACCAUAAAGUCAUCGAUCGCACAUGGAAGGGCAUUCCAGACCGUUGGCGGGCUGCAGCUUGGUACUCGUUCCUUGCUUCGAGCGCCAAAAAGCAUGGCUGUACAACAACAGACGAGGAGCUUGUGGCCGAGUUUCAGCGGCUCCAGUAUGUAUCGUCGUCGGACGACACGCAGAUUGAUCUCGAUGUGCCUCGGACCAUCAACCGCCACAUUAUGUUUCGUCGAAGGUACCGUGGAGGUCAGCGCCUCCUUUUCAGGGUGUUGCAUGCGCUCUCUCUACACUUCCCAGACACGGGAUACGUACAGGGCAUGGCUUCACUUGCCGCAACCCUCCUUUGCUACUAUGAUGAGGAGAAGACUUUUGUCAUGCUAGUCAGGAUGUGGCGGUAUCGAGGCCUCGAGCGGCUGUACCAGCCUGGGUUUGCCGGUUUGAUGACAGCAUUGAAGGACUUUGAGCGUGACUGGCUGCCGAGCAAUGAUAUCGCCCGCAAGCUGGCCGAGCUCUGUAUCGACCCAACAGCCUAUGCAACACGCUGGUAUCUCACCCUCUUCAACCUUUCGAUCCCAUUUCAGGCCCAACUCCGUGUUUGGGACGUCUUCAUGCUCUUGGGGGAACCCUCGCCAAUACCGCCAGCAGACGCGCCCGAAGCGCCCGUUGUCGGCCUCGAUAUUCUACACGCAACUGGCGCCGCGCUCAUGCAUGCUCUUGCCGAUGUGCUUAUGGACUCGGACUUUGAGAACGCCAUGAAGGCUUUGACCUCUUGGAUACCGGUCCAUGAUGAAGAGAUGCUCUUGAAAGUCACAAGGGCUGAAUGGAAGCAGCGCCAGGGCAAGAAGAAGACUUAG